AUAGCAUAGUGGAGUAUUUCCGUUUUACAUAAUAUUGAGAGAGAAAGAUAGUGAAUUGCUUGCGACUGGUGGUAUAACAGGUUGCGAUUCUGCAGAGAUCCGAGAUUUCUUAACUCUUGAAUGUGCUCAUUCUUGCAAUUCUAGAUUUAUUGUAUAUGUACCAGAUUAGCUGCAAUUCCUUCUUCAGAUAGAGAAGAAGAAGAAGAAGAAGAAGAAGGCAGAGCAGCAAGGGCUAAGAGAAGAUGGUAUCCAAUGACGUACCGGAGCCCGCGCCGGAGGAGGAGAAACUGAAAAUUAGAGACCUUUACUUGACUGCCGAAGCUCAAACUAAAGAAGGAGAUAUUUUUUAUUUAAUAACACAGAGAUGGUGGCAAGACUGGCUUCAGUUUGUUUACCAGAACCAGGCAAAUAUGGUUCCAGAAGGAUCAUCUUCCGAUCAUCAUGAGUCAGCUGGUUUAACCAAUAUAAAGAGGCCAUUGGCUAUAGACAAUUCUGAUUUGAUAUAUGAAGCUGCAUCAGAAGAUGAUGCUGCUGGUAUUGAGCUUCUUGAUACUUUAGUUGAAGGCACCGAUUAUAUACUUCUUCCAGAGGAAGUUUGGAAUCAGUUAUAUGCAUGGUACGGAGGUGGUCCUAUAUUGGCUCGAAAAGUAAUCAAUUGUGGUCUCUCCCAAACAGAAUUGGCAGUAGAAGUAUAUCCUUUGCGCCUUCAUCUACAUUUGACGCCUAAAGGUGACAACACUACUAUCAGAAUUAGCAAAAAGGAAACUAUUGGGGAACUUCAUAAAAGAGCCUGUGAGAUAUUUAGUCUUGAUCCAACACAAGUCUGCAUAUGGGACUACUAUGGACGUCGGAAACAUGCAUUGAUGAACAACAUGGACAAAACGCUUGAUGAUGCCAAUGUACAAAUGGAUCAAGAUAUUUUAGUGGAGGAGGUUGCUUUAGACGCUUCUUCAUGUUCUGUUCAAGAAAAUGGACAUGCAGAUAAGAACCAAGGUCCGGCUCUUGUGGAGGAGCUUCCAAAGUCAAGCCUUUCGCUCUCUGCAAGCAAGGGAUUGAAUAGAAAUGGAAUUUCAGAAUCGUCACUGUUGCAAAAUAGUACCUCCCCAGAAAAUGCUUUUGGAACCAGUGGUGUCACUACGAGGGGAGCUUCUGGUGGUCUGACUGGAUUGUUGAACCUUGGAAAUACUUGUUUUAUGAAUAGUGCAAUACAAUGCCUUGUUCAUACACCAGAGUUUGCUCGAUAUUUUAGGGAAGACUAUCAUAAAGAAAUAAACUGGCAGAAUCCUUUAGGCAUGGUGGGUGAAUUAGCUCUAGCAUUUGGGGAAUUACUGCGGAAACUAUGGGCACCUGGACGAACACCUCUUUCACCUAGACAAUUUAAAGCCAAGCUUGCUCGUUUUGCCCCUCAAUUCAGUGGAUACAAUCAGCACGAUUCUCAGGAACUCCUUGCAUUUCUGUUGGAUGGACUUCAUGAAGAUUUGAAUCGUGUGAAACAUAAACCUUAUAUAAAAUCUAGGGAUGCUGAUGGGAGGCUUGAUGAAGAAGUUGCUGAUGAGUAUUGGGCAAAUCACAUUGCACGAAAUGAUUCCAUCAUUGUGGAUGUGUGUCAGGGUCAAUACAAGUCUACACUGGUUUGCCCAGUUUGUAACAAAAUUUCUGUUACUUUUGAUCCAUUCAUGUAUCUAUCUUUACCUCUUCAAUCAACCACCACCCGGAGUAUGACGGUAACAGUAUUCACUUGCGAUGGAUUUGCUCUACCAAAUGUUUGCACUGUAUCUGUUCCAAAACAAGGUCGCUGCAGGGACUUGAUCCAAGCCAUUAGCAAUUCUUCUUCCCUAAAGCAUAAUGAAAAGCUUUUGCUGGCCGAAAUAAGAGGCCAUCUGAUACACAAGUUCUUGGAAGAUCCUCUCAUAUCAUUGUCUUCAAUAAAAGAUGAUGAUCACAUUGCUGCCUACAAGAUUCCAAAGUCCACAAAGAACACUAAGUACCUUCAGUUAGUACAUCGCCGGGAGGAGAAGCAAGCUGGUAAUGCCAAGGGCACAAUGGGAUGGAAGCCAUAUGGAACUCCUCUUGUAUCUCCAAUCCCAUAUGAUUAUGUUGUUAGAAGAAGUGAUAUACAGGCAAUGGUUCACACAAUGAUUUUCCCCAUGCUCAAACCUCAGAACAUUGAUAAUACAGAUAUCGGUACUAAUGUAUCAUCAGAAGUAUCAGACCGGUCUCAUGCUAUUAAUUCGACGGAUGUGACAGACUCUAUAAAAGAUGGCGACGAUAAGAAAGCUAACCCCCAGAAGCUUCUUCUUCAGUUGGUUGAUGAAAAUAAUACGUGCAUUAACCUAUCUGUAGGAGAAGAUAAAGCCGUUAAAAUUUCCUCCUCUUCCAUGUCGAUCUUAGUCUUUCUUGAUUGGUCAGACAAGCUUUUGGAGAAGUAUGACACUAGCCACUUGGAAAAUUUGCCAGAAGUGUGCAAAUAUGGACCGAUUACCAAGAAAGCUCGUAAUGAACCCCUUUCUUUGUAUACAUGCCUGGAAGCUUUCUUGCGUGAAGAGCCAUUGGUGCCUGAAGACAUGUGGUAUUGCCCUCAAUGCAAGGAACGUCGACAAGCAAGCAAGAAGCUUGAUCUGUGGAGGCUUCCUGAAGUGCUUGUUAUCCAUUUGAAAAGGUUUUCAUACAGCAGGUCAAUGAAGCAUAAGUUGGAAACUUUUGUCAAUUUUCCUAUAUAUGAUUUUGACUUGACAAAUUAUGUUGCACACAAGAAGGACACUCGGCCUGAGCUUUACGAGCUCUAUGCCUUGACCAAUCACUAUGGAGGUAUGGGUAGCGGCCACUACACUGCUCAUAUCAAGCUAAUGGAUGAAAAGAGGUGGUACAACUUUGAUGAUAGCCAUAUAUCUCCUAUAAACGAAGAAGAUGUAAAGUCAAUGGCUGCUUAUGUGCUUUUCUACAAGAGGGUGAGAACUGAAGAGACAAUCGGGGUCGGGGCCAAUGGCAGCAAUGGGAGACAACAACAUCAAUUUGCAGCAACAAGCUGAUAAAAAAAUUGAUUGAUUAUUCAGAAUUAGACCAAUGGAGAAAACAUGUUAACUAAUUUACUGUUGGAGAAAGAAAAAUAUGGUGAAAAUGUUGUUGUAUAAGGAGAUGUUGAGAUCAGUUCAGUUCAUUGUAGGAAGAUGGAAUGGAGUGUAAAUAGUUGAUAGAUUAUUAUCAUCAUAAAUACAUGUGUCUUUUCUUUGUUUGUCUGAAAUACAUUUUGUAGUCA